CCCAAACCAAUGAUCUUUUUUUUUUUAUCUCAGAGCCUUCUCGAUCAUCAUCCCAUGCGUCUUCCCCCUUGAUCCGUGGCAGCGGCCUUCUUCUUCUUCUUCUUGUUCAUAAAGGCCUGCUAAUUUUUAGUUGGAAAUAGAGGUCAAGAGUAAAAGCUGCAAUUUUGAAAAUUAAGGAUGGAAGGACAAGGACCUAAUAUAAAGAAAUGGAUGGUUCUUUACCCAAUUUACAUAAACUCGAAGAAGACCAUUGCUGAGGGACGCCGGAUCAGUGCUGCCAAAGCAUGUGAAAAUCCUACCUGCCUUGAGAUUGUUGACUGUUGCAACUAUCUCAAAAUUCCAUCAGCCAUUGAGUUGGAUAAGGCGUAUCCCCGGGAUUUCAUGCAGAGAGGAAGGGUAAGGGUAUUGCUAAGAAGGGAGGAUGGGUCUCCUUACAAUCCUGCAAUUGGAACUAGGAAGCAGCUGAUGCAUCAAGUAGCAGAAUUAGUUCCUAAGCAUCACGGAAGGACUAAGAAACAGGAGCCAGCAGCUACUUCAACUGCAGCAGGCCCUUCGAAAUCUGGAAAGAGUGGAAAGAAGAAAAAGUAAUUGAUGGUUUCAUGUUCAGAUCCAAGUGUGGAUGAACAAAGUUCAAAGUAAGCAACACAUUUUGGGAUCAUCUGCCACAAGGAAAUUGCUUGUUCUUAGCAAAAUCUCACACAACUUUAGGCGAGAGUUCUGGUUUUAUUAUGUGAUGGGAACUUGACUGCCAUUUCAGCACUUAGCUGCAUAUUUUGUAAUCAGUGAUGCUACAAAUAUGUUGUGUUUUUCCUUCCAAAUGAUACUUAUUGAUUUUAGAUGCAGUUCCUUUUUGAACGCUAA